CACCAAUAAGAUCAUUUCUCUUCAAUGUAAACGGAAGUGAACAGUGACAAAGAACAAUUUCCACGUUAACAUUGUUAUUUAGACGUGUAUUAACACCCUGGACCUCAAAAUAUGACUCGUUUAACUGUACAGCAUCACAUACUUACCCCAGGUAGUGUUUAAUUUGCGUUGGAGACAGGACUUGGUUGAUAUAUGUUAUAUAGGUAACGCUGCUGACGUUAGCUAACUGUAACGUUAUGAUUUUUCACACUCAAAUAGCCUCCAUCAUGGAGGUGCUAGCGAAUGCAGCCGUGGCAGAGAUCUGUAAACUCGUAGACGACGACUAUGCAGUGUUUCGUUUGGAAAUAAGUCAAAGCCAGAAAGAAAACGUCGCAUUGCGGAGGAAACUACAGCUACUGGAACUGAAGGUGUCACGGGAGCGCGUCCUCGCCAGUCGUCCCAGAAGUGUCAAGAUCCUCGACCGAUACAGAGGAAUGGCAAGAGGUGAAGGACAUCUCACUGGAGCCUACAGGAGCUUUGGGAAGCCAGCUGGACACAACACAUGGAGAGAUGAUCAACCAAUCACUGUUGAUGAGGAGAGUGGAACCUCAACCCAGCAUGUUAUCAUGAUAGAGUCUGCAGAUGUAGAGGCGGCAGGUCCUGGAGGAUCGUCUCUGGUCAAGCAGGAGAGGACUGAAGGAGAGGUGGACCCACGACACAGCAGAGACACCCAGACUGGAGCAGCGGCUGUAGUGGCGCCCCUUCUUGCCAUGGAGGACCACGCAACCGCCCUGCAGCCCAGGACCCGACGCAGCAUCACAGAGGUCAAUGGAAUGCUGAAUGCCAUCGUCAAGUCAGACACAGAGACUUUAACUGUAACACAAAGGCUCUUACACACAGGAUCUGACCACAGAUCAGACCCAGAGAGUCUGGGGCCGGGUCCACUGGGCUGUCCUCCUGCUCCCGGCUCAGAGUAUUUACAUUACGGUAACCCAAGCCCAAAGACGGCUCAUUCCCAUCGGGACUCAGGUGACGCAUUAGAGACUGGCAAUGAUUCGUCUUGUUCUUACACUACAGAGAUGGACCCUUGCAACAUGCCCUUGGGUUUAGAGACACAGACUGAUCUGUCUAGAGGGAACUGGAACCGGUACAGUAGUAGUGUAUACUCCGAAAGGUGCUUAGAUAAGAAAGGGGAGGGUUUGGUUGUAGAUGAAGUGACUGUGAAAGUGGAGGGCGACAUUUCUCCCACAUGGAAUGCAGAUAGUCACCUAAGAGACGGACACUCACAGGGAAGAGAUUUCUUAGAUGACAGGGAAUGCUUAGAAACUAAUCCAAAUGUCACAACCCACUCCCCUUUACUCGUGCUCAGAGAUCGCGACUUAGUGUCCUCAUCGAUGGGGCCUUCCGAUUCACACAACUGCCUUUUUGAUCAGGUAUUGAACUCAAAUGACAGGGCUACAACCCAGGCUAUGGGAGGGGGAGCCACAUCAGGCAAUAGUAAAGAGAAACGGUUCCUCUGCAUGUUCUGUAACAAAGGCUUCAGCUGCCCCCAGAAAGUGAAGAUCCACCAGAGGGUCCACACAGGGGAGAAACGCUUCAGCUGUACCCAGUGUCACAUGCGCUUCGCCCAGGCUGGUGACCUAAAGAGGCACCAGAGGGUCCACACAGGGGUGAAACCCUUCAGCUGUACCCAGUGUCAUAUGCGCUUCGCCCAGGCUGGCCACCUGAAGAGGCACCAGAGGGUCCACACAGGGGAGAAACCCUACAGCUGCCCCCAGUGUGAGAAGAGGUUCUCCCGUCAGGACCAGCUGAAGAUGCACCUGAAGGUCCACAUGGGAGAAAAGCUGUUAGCUUGUACGCACUGAGCUACCUCAGGAUACACCAGCAGAAAAACCAUUCCACUAUAUAACAUAGAAAGUAACCGUUCUACUCUACAGCUUCUGACGUUUAGAUCAAACCCUGCAUUAAAGGCAGAGAUUAAUUUUCGUUGUUGUCCGCAGAAAAGAUCGACAGACGCGUUUGGAAUAACGAGAGUAACAUAUUUCAGUGUUGAAUAUUCCUGGGUAGAAUAUUGCAUCCAGACAUUGUGUGAUAUAUAAGGCAUAUAUAAGCCUAGAAAGUAAAAUCAAAUUGUAUUUGUCACAUGCUUUGUAAACAACAGACUAACAGUGAAAUACUUACUUACGGGUCCUUUUCCAACAAUGCCGAGUUAAUGAUAAAGAUGAAAAAAAUAGUAAGUAAUAUGAGUAAAAAAUAGACAGAGAAUAACAAUGCCGAGUUAAUGAUAAAGAUUAAAAAAAUAGUAAGUAAUAUGAGUAAAAAAUAGACAGAGAAUAACAAUGACGAGUUAAAACAACAUGGCUAUAUACAGGGAGUGCCAGUACCGAGUCGAUGUGCAGGGGUAUGAGGUAACCGAGGUAGCUAUGUACAUAUAGAUAGGUACUAGGCCUUACAAAAAAUGGUAUGUGUGGGGUACAGAGAUGGUGGUCAUUUAAAAAUCAUGUUAAACACUAAUAUUGCACACAGUGUCUAUGCUACUUAUUGUGUGACUUGUUAAGCACAUUGUUUUUGUCCUGAACUUAUUUAGGCUUGCCAUUUCUUAAACAUUUCUAAAAACAUGAUACCAGUUGCGAUACCAAGCGGUGAUGCAGCCAGUUAAGAUGCUCUCGAUGGUGUAGAACUGAGGGCCCAUGCCAAAUCUUUUCAGCCUCCUUAGGGUGAAGAGGCAUUGUCAUGCCCCCUUCACAACUGUGUUGGUGUGUUUGGACCAUGAUAGAUCCUUUGUGAUUUGGACACCGAGGAACUUGAAGCUCUUGACCUGCUCCACUACAGCCCCAUUGAUGUGAAUGAGGGCUUGCUCGGCAAUCUGUUUCCUGUAGUCCACGAUCAGCUCCUUUGUCUUGCCCACGUUGAGGGAGAGGUUGUUGUCCUGGCACGACACUGCCAGGUCUAUGACCUCCCUAUAGGCCACCUUCGUGUUGUCAGCAAACUUAAUGAGGAUGUUGGAGUAGUGCACGGCAGUUGUGGGUGAACAGGGAGUAAAGGAGGGGACUAAGCACACACCCCUGAGGGGCCCCCAUGCUGAGAUCAGUGUGGCGAAUGUGUUGUUGCCUACCUUUCUGGUUGGGAUACGCAUGUAUGGUCACUGUGGGGACGACGUCGUUGGUGCACUUAUUAAUGAAGCGGGUGAUCAAUGUGGUAAACUCUUCAAACAGUCCUGUAGGUUAGCAUCCGCUUCAUUGGACCACUUCCGGGACCACUUGCACUGGUACUUCCCGUUUGAGUUUUUGCUUGUAAGCUGGAAUCAUGAGGAUAGCGUUAUGGUCAGAUUUGCCAAAUGGAGGAUGAGGUAGAGUUUUGAUGCGUUUCUGUGUGUGGAGUAAAGCUGAUGUAGAGUUUUUUUUUUCGCCUCUAGUUGCACAUGCUGGUAGAAAUGAGGUAAAACGGAAUUCAGUUUCACUGCAUUAAAAUCACCGGCCACUAGGAGCGCUGCUUAUGGCCCUAUACAGUGUGCAUAGGUUUGUACUUGUAAAUAGACAGCUAUGAAAAAUACAGAUGGAAAUUCUCUUAGUAAAUAGUAUUUUCUACAGCUUAUCAUGUGGUAUUCUAGCUCAGGCGAGCAGAACCUUGAGACUUCCUUAAUAUUAGUGAUCACGCAUCAGCUGUUGUUAACCCUAAGCUGCUGUUCUGUCUUGCUGAUGCAUAGAAAAACCAGCCAGAUGUAUAUUAUCCAUGUCCUUGUUCAGCCAGGACUCAGAGAAACAUAGGAUAUUACAGUUCUUCAGGUCCCGUUGAUAGGAUAGUCUCAAACAGAGCUCGUCCAGUUUGUACUCCAGUGAUUGUACGUUCGCCAAUAGAACGGAGAGUAAAUGCAUUUUUUUCACUCAGCGACGCAGUUUUGUCAGGGUGCCCGCAAGUCAGCCUCACUUUCACCGCCGCCUCUUUCUCCUCGCAGUCUCUGUUUCACGGAAACAUGGCUCUCUGUCGGUACAGCCACCAGGAUUCUUUGUGCGUCGCUCCGACAGGAAUUAACAUCUCUCCGGGAAGAAGAAGGGCGGUGGUGUAUGUUUCAUGAUUAACGAUUGGUGUAAUUGUGACAACAUACAGGAACUCAAGUCCUUCUGUUCACCUGACCUAGAAUUCCUUACAAUCAAAUGCCGACCGUAUUAUCUCCCAAGAGAAUUCUCAUCGGUUAUUGUCACAGCCCUGUAUAUCCCCCCUCAAGCCGAUACCACGACAGCACUCAAGGAACUCCACUGGACUCUAUGCAAACUGGAAACCAUAUAUCCUGAGGCUGCAUUUAUUGUAGCUGGGGAUUUUAACAAAGCAAAUUUGAGAACAAGGCUAUCAGCAUAUUGAUUGUAGUACCCGGGCUGGCAAAACACUGGAUCACUGCUACUCUUACUUCCGGGAUGCAAACAAGGCCCUCCGUUCGGCAAAUCUGACUAUGACUCCAUUUUGCUUCUCCUCUCCUAUCGGCAGAAACUCAAACAGGAUGCACCUGUGACAAGGACCAUUCAACGCUGGUCUGAACAAUCGGAAUCCACACUUCAAGAUUGUUUUGAUCAUGCGGACUGGGACAUGUUCCGGGAAGCCUCAGAGAAUAAUAUUGAUUUAAACGUUGAUUCGGUGAUUGAGUUUAUAAGGAAGUGCAUAGGAGAUGUUGUACCCAUUGUGACUAUUAAAACCUACCUUAACCAGAAACCGUGGAUAGAUGGCGGCAUUCGUGCAAAACUGAAAGCGCGAACCACCGCAUUUAACAAUGGAAAGAUGACCGGGAAUAUGGCCGAAUACAAACAGUGUAGUUAUUCCCUCCACA